AUGGCUGUGAAUGAGGUUAAGGUACGCGACUCAGCUUCCAGAGCGAUAAAGAGGUAUUUGGAGGCUAGUAAAAGAGAUGAACUGGCUUUUAAUUUAGAAAUGGCCCAAAACUUUUGCCUGCUUCUGGAGGAGCAAUGGCGACGAUUUACCCAAGCCCAAGAGAAGGUGGAUUUGUCAUGUGGCGUGGAAUACGAGGUGGAAGAACAUGCUCGUAUUCAAGCAGAGGAUUGGUAUUUGCUCGCCAAAAGCAACAUUGAUAAAUUGCUCGUCCCGCAUUCUACUACACCUGAAAAUGAAGUCGCCUACACUCAGAAUUCCCCCGCGGAUGUACCAGUAGCAACUGCGUCCAUACAAUUGCCAACGUUUGACGGCAGCCCAGGUGACUGGGUGUCAUUCCACGAUGCAUUUAACUCGCUGAUACAUACCAACAAAAACAUCACAAGUGGACAUAAGCUACAUUACUUACGCAGUUGCCUUAAAGGUGAAGCUUUGCAAGCCAUCAGCGGACUCAAAAGUAAGUUUUGGGAAGUGGAAGAGCCAUGUGCGAAAAAGCAUUACACGGUCGAGGAAAUCGCAUGUGAGGAACACUUCAAGAGAACUCACAGUCUAGCCAGCGAUGGACGCUCUAUCAUUCAAUUGCCUUUUAGAGAUUCUUUGGCACUGGGAAAAUCUCGUGGAAUAGCAUUGCGAAGCUUCACACGUUUGGAAGCAAGGCUGGUCAACGACGAAAAUCUGAGAGCCCAAUACAACGCAUUCAUAGACGAGCUUAUUUCAAUGGAACACAUGGAACUGGUACCAAUGACGUAUGAGCCAACAGAAUACUGCAACUACAUGCCGCAUCAUGCAGUGUUAAAGGAUACCAGCUCCACGACAAAACUGCGCGUUGUAUUUAAUGCCUCGAUGAAGACGUCCACAGGUCUUUCGCUGAACGACACCCUCAUGGUGGUGCCGCAACUACAAGGUGAUUUGUACUCAAUUCUGCUGCGAUUUCGUCAGAAUCGCUUCGCCAUGAUGGCAGAUGUGGAGAAAAUGCACCGGCAGGUGUAUGUAGCAAAGAAGGAUACAGAUUUUCAAGGCAUCGUCUGGCGUCGAUCUCCCGCAGAACCUGUCAUGGACUACCACUUAUUACGAGUUACAUACGGUGUAGCUUCCGCAUCUUAUUAUGCUGUAAAAUGCAUGCAGCAUACUGCAAAAAACGCAAACGAAAGAGUUGCUCGCGUCAUUACCCGAGGCUUUUAUAUGGACGACAUGCUCAGCGGUGCCUCCAGUGAGGAGGAACUACUAUCGCUACAAGCCGAUGUAUCAAAACAUCUAUCAGAAGGUGGUUUCGAGCUUCGAAAAUGGGCAACGAACUCCGCGAAGCUCACUCAACGCAUUCCGCAGACUACACAUCUUGUUGAUGAUGAAGAGGUUCGAACGCUAGGUAACAUAUGGAAUACAGCAGAUGACAGCCUCUCAUUAUUGGUUAACUUAAGGGUGUUACCACCAAAAAUAUCUAAGCGUUUAUUCCUAUCCGACACAAGCAUGCUCUUCGACCCGUUGGGAUUAAUUGCUCCAUGUACUAUACGUUCGAAAAUCUGGAUGCAGGAAUUAUGGAGCGCUAAUGUCAAUUGGGACGAAGAUUCGACCGUUGGAUUGGUACAUCAGAUACCACAACCACUGAAUUUCACGUAUUCGCUGACGCUUUAG